AUUUAAUUCUUCUCCUGCAGUUGGAACAUAGAGUUGGAGAGAAAACAGUAUGGAUAGUUCUUCAAAAACGUGUUUGAUGGCAGUGUUGGCAGCGUCAGGAAGCGUGGUUUUCCUCGCCAUGCAAGCCCAUAAUCGACUUCUCUCCAAUUUCAUCAACCAAAUGGAGUUUCAGAUCAACGCCUCAUCAACUGGGGCCGCGGCCGUGAGAGAAGACCCAAAGAAGAAGGUGAGGUUCGCCGCCGACGUGGCUGAUAAGGGUUCUGGCAGGAGGGCGGCCGCCGGCCGGAGAAAUGGUGAAAGUCUGGAGGCUAUGCCCCGAAAUUGGCAAGCUAUGUAUAAAGGCAUUUUACAACAGAGGAACCUUAGGGGGUAUAUGUGAUUAAUUAUAUAUGUUUGUGGUCGUGGCCGUCCACGGCGGAUGGCGGGCCGUCGCUGCCGGCGGCUAUCCUCCAUACCCAUGCUUUGUUCAUAUAUAUACAUAUAUAUAUAUGUUAGUUGUAAUUAAUUAAUUAAAGUAAUAUUAGGGUGUCUAAAUGUUUUUAUUUUUGUUUUUGUACGAGAGGAGGUGGUCCGUUUGUAUUAAACUUUUUGCAUCUUUUCUUUAGCUGUAAUUAAA